GUCGUGAUCGAAGACAGAGACAAAGAGACUGUCUCUUGAUUCUUAAUGGCGUACUUUUCAUAUCUUCUUCUUCUAUUCUUUCUUCUUGGAAAUUUCAAAGAAGGAUUUGGUGCUAAACAUAGGCUCGGUCCACAUGUAUUAGCCCGACAGGAGGCGGAUCGAGUCGUUGGGCUGCCCGGGCAGCCACCGGUGAAAUUCGAGCACUACGCUGGGUAUGUUACGGUCAAUGAGUCUCAUGGAAGGGCAUUGUUUUAUUGGUUCUUUGAGGCCAUUGACAAUCCGCAACAAAAGCCUCUUCUUCUAUGGCUCAAUGGAGGACCCGGAUGCUCAUCAGUGGCGUACGGGGCAGCCGAGGAGUUGGGACCUUUCUUUCCUCAGAAAGGUGACCAACCAAAGCUCAAGUUCAACCCAUACACUUGGAACUCAGCGGCAAACCUAUUGUUCUUGGAGUCACCGGUCGGAGUUGGGUUCUCCUACACCAACACUAGUCAAGACAUCACUGACCUCGGUGACACAAUCACAGCUAAGGAUUCGUACGCCUUUCUACUCAACUGGUUCGAGCGAUUCCCCCAAUUCAAGUCCCAUGAGUUCUACAUCGCCGGCGAGAGCUAUGCAGGCCACUAUGUUCCGCAACUUUCAGAGGUCAUUUUCGAUGAGAACAAGAAAAUCUCCAAGGAAAAACGAAUAAACUUCAAAGGCUUCAUGAUCGGAAACGCCUUGCUCGACGACGAAACCGAUCAGCGCGGAAUGAUCGAUUUCGCUUGGAAUCACGCUAUAAUCUCCGAUCAAUUGUACGGACAAAUCAGGAAUAACUGCGAUUUUAGAAGUAUGGUUCCGUCAGCCGCCUGCCGGCCAUAUCUCAAUGCCUAUUUCUGGGUGUACAGUAUCGUCAACAUGUACAGUUUGUACUCUCCGGUCUGCGUGCGGACGAAUUUGAGCCGCGGCGGCGGAGGAAGGUGGCAGCGGCAGCCGGAAAUCGACGGCGUUGCGCCUAUGAUAUUCACGAAAUAUGAAGGAUGGCACAAGAAGCCGAUGGGAUCUGAUCCUUGUUCGUCGGAUUACACUGUAAAAUAUAUGAACAGAGCGGAUGUUCAGAAGGCUUUGCACGCCAAUGUCACUAAAAUUCCAUAUGCGUGGUCCCCUUGCAGUGAUCAAAUUUCAUUGUGGAAGGAUUCCCCACCUUCAAUCCUCCCCAUAAUCAAGAAGCUCGUUGCCGGGGGCCUCCGCAUUUGGGUGUUUAGUGGAGAUACUGAUGGAAGAAUUCCAGUGACCUCAACUCGAUAUACUUUGAACAAACUUGGUUUAAAGAUCAAACAGGAUUGGUUUCCUUGGUUUAGCAGCCAACAGGUUGGUGGGUGGACGAUCGAGUACGAAGGGCUAAUGUUUGUGACAAUCAAAGGUGCUGGCCACGAGGUUCCAUUGUAUGCUCCAAAGGAAGCUCUUCAGCUCCUUACGCAUUUCCUGGCCAAUAGCCGUCUGCCAGAUAUGCCCUUUUAGAUUCACUCUUAAAAUAUUAUUAGUUUCUUUUUUUAAUUUUAAUUUCUUAGUCACAGUAUUUUGUUAUUAUUGUUUUAAUACAC